CGGUGUUCCUUGUUGUGUGAUCCGAAGGAGAUCGACGAGCGUAUGGUGUCGGAAACCAUGUCGGGUGUCUCCGUGGAGCAUGAUUUCCUCGGCAUCGACAGUACCGGAGCUGCCAAGAAACCCAUCAUGGAGCGAAAGAAGUCCUUCCGAGAGCUUCAUGGCGAGAUCUCGAAGAUGAAUCCGAAUGUCAUAAAGAGCGUGAUCGCCACCUCCAGUGCAGCGGUGGGGAAGAGAAAGACGCCACUGCCGGUGCUGAGCUCCGCUUCGAGAUCAAAGAUGGAAACUGCUCCUGCGGUGGCUCCGUUCACCAUCUUUUACAACGGCGCCGUGGUGGUGUUUGAUCUUCCACGAGAAAAGGCAGAGAAUAUUCUGAAGCUGGUGGAGGCAGACAAAUUUGGCGACCUCGUUCAUGCAUCCAAAGAGCCUGCAGUGGACGAGGAGCUUGACGUCAAUGGAGGAUGACAAUAACGUCGACAUGAUAUGUGUGUGAGGGUGGUCGAGAAAUGGACAUGGAAAGGAGCAGUGGAGAAGCCGAAGAACACGAUGAUUCGUCAUUGAUUCUUCUAGUCAGUGGUAAAAAUUAUGCACUAUGGGAUGAAAUCGAAUAGCGAGAAAAGAGAGUGAAUACUGUGGAUUUGCUUUUAGUACUCUCCUCAUGAUUUAAAGGAGUAUUUGAUAUUGAUAAGAUGUCCAUGUAAAUCCCUUGCUGUUUGAUCAUAGAUCAAUUUGCUUGAGCUCUUGUUAUGGAAACUGAAAGAAAGAACUCCAACUAUUUCUUGCUUA